UGCAUGCGGUCGCGCAUCCCCGUCGACCCGGGCGUCUGCAGCCCCGACUUACACAGAUGUGGUGCAUUAGUGUACUAGAACCUACAAACAGACCGGGACUCCAGCGCGACCGGUGAAACCAGCGUUUGCGGGGGGUCACUUGUCGGAAGUCUUGUAAACAAAAGCCAAAUGCGGUCCCAGCUGCUCCGCUUCCUGACGCGGGCUCCCGCAGGCUUCAGCCAGGAGGGUCUGCAGGCCCUGCGCGCUGGCCUGACCUCGGGCGAGGCUUCCGGUCUGCUGCAGUCCUCUGCCUUCGGCCGGCAGAAUGAGAGCGCUGCGCCCCGCGGCCUGGGCUUCGGCAAGAUGGCUCUGCCCCUGAGCUUCCAGGGCCACCUGAUGAGCACCCUGGCCUCCGCCAACGGUGACGACAAGAAGGAGCCCACCACCGGCGCCCUGGCGCAGCAGCCUCAGGUGCCCAACGCCCUGGCGGCCCUGCCCCCUCGCGGCACCCGCACCAUGGGCAGCCACGCCGCGGGUCACCAGACCGCCAAGGAGUUCUACAUGGAGCACAUCGGCAAGCGCCACCCCUUCCACGUGCUGCCGCCCAGCCCCUGGCCCAUGCUGGCCGGCUGGGGCACCUACGUGAGCUGCCUGGGCAUGGCCGCCUGGUUCCACAACAUGCCCACCGGCGGCGCGCUGAUGGCGUUCGGCAUGGCCAACAUCGCCUGGACCGCCAUCACCUGGUGGCGCGACUGCGCCAUUGAGGGCGACAUGGGCAUGCACACCGAGGUGGUGCGCAAGAACUUCAUCAGCGGCAUGUGGGCCUUCAUCGUGUCCGAGGCGCUGCUGUUCGUGGGCCUGCUCUGGGCCUGCCUGCACCUGGGCAUGUCGCCCAGCGUGGCGCUGCAGAUGCAGUGGCCGCCCGUGGGCAUUGAGCCCAUCGGCUGGGACAAGCGCGCGCUGGUCAUGUCGGCGGUGCUGGCCGCCUCCUACUACUCGGCCAACGUGGCCAUGGUGGCCAAGGACCCUAAGGUGGUGAUGGGCGCGCUGGCCACCACCAUCGGCCUGGGCGCCAUGUUCUUGGCUGACCAGUACCUGGAGUACAACGAGACACCCUUCACCAUCACCGACUCGCCCUACGGCACCACCUUCUUCGUGACCACCGGCUUCCACGGCAUGCACGUGCUGCUGGGCUCGCUGUACCUGACCGCCGCGCUCAUGAUGUACAAGCGCACGCACAACGCGGGCGCCGCGCUCAAGAGCUCCAUCCUGUACUGGCAUUUCGUCGACAUUGUGUGGAUUGCCGUGUACGGCAUCAUCUACGUCGGCCAGUACUAGGCUGCUGGUCGUAUGACGGGUGUGUGUGGCAGGUUGGGCCCGCCUCGCCUGCCUUCACAGCUGCCACACGCUACAGCAAUGUGGCGCGCCUUGGAGUGAAGAGGAGGAGAGGAGAGCAGAUCUGCCGGGCGCGGCAGCAGUGGCAGGGCCCCCAGCUUGACAAUCUGAGUCGAGUGCCAGUAUAGGCUUAAUGAUCUUUAGGUUAGCAGUGUGAAACUGGUUAUUACUGCGUAAUGUAGGAGUAUAAUUGAUGAUGCGCGUAAGGCGACGGUGCCACGGUGGGGCGUUUGUACUUGGCUUGGGCUCUUGUGCUGGAGCCGGGUUGACAGUGUAGCGGUAAAGAACGUUAGUGCGCACUUAAGAGCAUGGGCGGGGAGGGGAGUGCGGGCAGGGGAUAUGGCUGCAUGGGGAGUCUUGCGCAGCCGCGUGGACGGUUUAUGUAAGGUGCCAUGCGG